UCUGAUGCUAGACGUUUCGGAGAUGCCGUAAGCGAUGAAGAAAUACGGGAACUCAUCAAUAGUAACAUUAAUUUGAACACAAAAAAGAACACUUCGUGGGCUUUUGGAGUUUUCGAAAUGUGGAGGAAAGAAAGAGAUAAUGUUCGAGAAAUCUUGGCAAUGACGGGUGAAAACCUUAAUUUUUAUCUCGGACGAUUUAUUGUGGAAGCUCGGAAAAGAGACGGCACAGAAUUCCCAUCAAAAUCCUUGUACCUGAUCACGUGUGGCCUGUUACGUUACCUGCGAGAUAAUGAUGUUAAUGAUAAAAACAUUUUGGAUGCCAAUGACCACAGGUUUGCCGAAUUUAGGAAAAUUCUGGACUCCCGAAUGAAGGAUUUGUUAAAAAGGGGCAUAGGCGGCAAAACAAAACAAGCAGAACCUAUUCUUCCCGAGGAUGAGGCCAUUAUAUGGGAAAAGGGUAUAUUUGGUGACAAAACAGCAGAUACCCUCCAAUGUACAAUGUUUUUCUAUAACUGUAAAUUGUUUGGCAUGAGGGGCCAUGACGAACACCAUGCACUUGAGUGUGAUCAGUUCAUUAUUGGAGAAGACUCUAAAGGAAAGUACGUCGAGUUUGUGGGAAGAGCUUCGAAGACAUUCAAAGGAGGACUCGCGCAGCGAGAGAUCGACAUAAAGAAUAUCAGACACUACAGUAACCAAGGUGAACGCUGCAUAGUCGAUUUGUAUGAGAAGUACCUGCAGGCCCUAGUCUCUGGGAAAUUCUACAGGCGCGCAUUACCUGGCACACCUCCGAGGUUUGGGAACCAACCGGUAGGAGUUAAUAAACUGAGAAAUCUUAUGAAAAUUAUUUGUGCACGCGCGGGAUUAAGUGGAAAUUAUACCAAUCAUUCGGGAAAACGCACAUGCGCAACACAACUCUACAUCGCCGGGGUUGAUGAGCAGGAGAUCAUGAACAGAACUGGACAUAGGUCAGAAAAGGCUGUGAGAAAAUACAAGUCAGCUGACGAAUCGGUGUUACGCAAAGUAUCCUCAGUGUUAGAUCCUCCACAGAAAAGAAAAUGUCCCGAAAACAAAACUCACCAAGAAGAGCCCACUGCCAAACGUGCUACAGUGCCUCUCAGUGAUAUAAGUAAUCUCCCGACAGGAAGUCUGUUUAACAACUGUCAAGUUACUUUUAAUGUCGGACACUAGUGACCUUUUAAACGAUUUUUGA